UCUUGUUUAGCACUGAAUACGCCGCUUCUCUCCUUACAGAAUGCUCCUUGGAAAAUUUCAUUAGCUGCAAACCAAGAAGUAGAAAAGCAAAAUCUAAAAAGAAUUGGAGAAAUCUGAACAUUCUUAUGCAGAAAGGAUAGCUACUAACAACUAUAACAAAAGAACCUUGAUUCACUUCUGCACUGAAAAUGGAGAAAAUAGAAGAAGAGGAAGAAGACAAGUCAUGGCAAGAAAGAAAGAGAAGAAAAGAGGUGAGCCUUUCUUGCAUGUUGAACACAGAACUCAGCGCUGUUCUUGCUGUGAUCCGACGGCCACAUGAUCCCACCAACUCCGUAUUUCAUCAAGAAGAAGGCUACGACACCAGCAUUCUCCAUUCUUUAAAAUCUUUACGCGAUCUCAUCUUCAAUCCUCAGCAAGAAUGGCGUACUAUAGAUCCUUCCGUUUAUAUAUCCCCGUUUCUUGAUGUCAUACAAAGUGAUGGUAUUCCGGCCACAGCUACAAAUGUUGCUCUUUCUGCCAUUUCCAAGAUUCUCAAACUCCAAUUUUUUGAUGAGAAAACCCCUGGAGCUAAGGAGGCUGUUAAUUCAAUAGUUACUGGGAUUACAAGUUGUCGCCUUGAAAGAACUGAUCCCAGCACUGAAGAUGCAGUAAUGAUGAGAAUUUUACAAGCUUUGACAUCCAUCAUCAAACAUAGGACUUCAGUUUUGCUUACAGAUCAUGCUGUUUGUACAAUUGUCAAUACUUGCUUUCAAGUUGUUCAACAAUCCACUCACAGGGCGGAUUUGCUUCAACGCGGAGCAAAAUUUGCAAUGAGAGAAAUGAUUGAGAUAAUUUUUGCCAGAUUACAAGAUUUUGAGGUGAAAUCUGGGGAGGAAUCAGAGUCUGAUACCGAAGAUAUUGACAUUGGCAGCAAUAUGGAUUCAGGGUAUGGAGUUCGUUGUGUUGUCGAUAUCUUUCACUUCUUAUGCUCUUUGCUUAAUGUCGUGGAUAUUGUGGAAUCAGAAGGAUUCUCAUCUCAAGCAUCUGAUCAGAAUAUUCAGAUUUUUGGAUUGGUUUUAAUAAAUUCUGCAGUAGAGUUGAGUGGAGAUACCAUUGGAAAGCAACCAAAACUUUUGAGGAUGAUCCAAGAUGACCUGUUUCACCAUUUGAUUCAUUACGGAAUCUCUUCAAGCACUCUUGUGCUAUCUAUGAUUUGCAGUACUGUUCUCAAUAUCUAUCACUCCCUUCGCAGUUUCAUUCGUGUUCAACUGGAAGCUUUUUUUGGGUUUGUGUUGUUGAGAACUGCAGGAGCAGGGAGUCCAAGUCAACUGCAAGAAGUUGCACUCGAAGCAAUUAUAAAUUUCUGUAGGCAACCAAGUUUCAUAGUUGAAAUGUACGUAAACUAUGAUUGUGAUCCAAUCUGUCGAAAUAUAUUCGAGGAAAUUGGAAAGUUGCUUUGCAAGCUUUCCUUUCCAGGGUCUAGCCCUUUGAGCUAUGUACAAAUCCAAGCAUUUGAAGGGCUGCUAAUCAUAAUUCACAACAUUGCAGAUAAUAUUGAUAAAGAUGAUGACUCAAGCCCUUCAGGACCAUACCCAGUUAAAAUUACUGAAUACAUACCCUUCUGGGAAGAAAAACCAAAAGAAGAUUUUGAGACUUGGGUGGAAUAUCUGAGAUUAAGGAAAGCACAGAAAAGGAAAGUGCUGAUUGCAGGGGACCAUUUUAACAGAGAUGAAAAGAAAGGUUUGGAGUAUCUAAGACUUUGUCAAUUAGUCUCUGAUCCAGCAGAUCCAAAAGCCUUCGCUAUCUUCUUCCGAUUUACACCAGGACUAGAUAAAAGCAUGAUUGGUGAUUAUUUAGGUGAUCCUGAUGAGUUUCACAUGCUGGUUCUUAAAGAAUUCACAGAAACUUUCAGAUUUUCUGGCAUGAUUCUUGAUAAUGCUCUUCGUACUUAUCUUGCAACAUUCAGGCUGCCUGGGGAGUCCCAAAAGAUUCAGCGGAUUCUUGAAGCAUUCUCAGAGAGGUUUUAUGAUCAACAAUCAUCAGAUAUUUUUGCAAGUAAGGAUGCAGUUUUCAUUCUGUGCUAUUCCCUGAUUAUGCUAAAUACCGAUCAACACAAUCCUCAAGUCAAGAAAAAGAUGACAGAGGAGGAGUUCAUCAGGAAUAAUAGGGCAAUCAAUGGAGGGCAAGAUCUUCCUAGAGAUUAUCUAUCUGAGCUUUUCCAGUCAAUUGCAGCUCAUGCAAUCACACUUUUUGGUCAAUCUGGUCCUGUGGAGAUGAACCCUGGUAGCUGGAUUGAACUAAUGAAUAGAUCCAGAGUUAUGCAGCCAUUUAUCCUUGGUGAUUAUGAUCGUCGGAUAGGGAGAGAUAUGUUUGCUUGCAUUGCUGGUCCAUCAAUUGCGGCACUUUCAUCCUUCUUUGAGCACGCUGAUGAAGAUGAGAUGCUGCACGAAUGCAUUGGAGGAUUGGUCUCAGUAGCUAGGAUAACUCAAUAUGAACUAGAGGAUAUUCUUGAUGAGCUCCUUGCUUCUUUCUCCAAGUUCACUACUUUGCUAAAUCCAUAUGCUUCUGCAGAAGAAACAUUAUUUGCUUUUAGCAAUGAUUUAAAGCCGAGAAUGGCUACUCUUGCAGUUUUCACCAUCGCAAAUAACUUUGGAGACUCAAUUAGAGGAGGCUGGAGAAACAUUGUAGACUGUUUGCUGAAACUGAAAAGGCUUAAGCUUCUUCCUCAGUCUGUGGUUGAAUUUGAUGAUACUUCUGCAUCAUCAUCUGAUGUUCCGGGGCAUAAAAGAAAUGAAUCAAGCAUAUCACUCUCUCAUGAUCCUAAAUUUGGUAAUCGCCGGAGUGCUGGCAUGAUGAAUCGGUUCUCACCUUUUCUGACAAUAGAGAGCAUGGAAGAUUCAAUAUCUCUUGGCAUGAGUGAAUUUGAGCAGAAUCUGAAGGUUAUUAAACAAUGCCGGAUAGGCAGCAUAUUCACCAACAGUAUUAACUUACCUGAUGAUGGUUUGCUGAAUCUUGGGCGUUCUCUGAUAUUUGCAGCUGGUGGAAAAGGCCAAAAAUUCAGCACUCCAAUAGAAGAGGAAGAAACAGUCGGGUUUGCCUGGGAUUUAAUUGUUGCCGUUUCCAUGGUCAAUAUGCAUAGAUUCCUGAACUUCUGGCCUUCAUUCCAUGAUAAUCUACUUGGAGUUGCUCAGUUUCCUCUAUUUUCCCCAGUCCCAUUUGCUGAAAAGGCCAUUCUUGGCCUUUUUAAGAUCUGUGUCAAACUUCUUUCUUCAAACAGAACUGAAAGACUCCCAGAAGAGCUUAUUUUCAAAUCCAUAAACUUAAUGUGGAAGCUUGAUAAAGAAAUUCUCGAUACAUGUUGCGAGUCCAUAACAAAGUCAGUAAGCAAAAUUCUCACUGAUUACCCUGCAAACUUACAAACAUCUCUUGGUUGGAAAACAUGCCUUCAUUUGUUAUCUGUCACAGGUCGACACCCAGAGACGUAUGACCAGGGUGUUGACACAUUAAUCCAAAUGGUAUCUGAUGGAACCCAUGUUUCACGGAUGAACUAUGCCUAUUGUAUUGACUGCGCAUUUGGCUAUAUAGCACUGAAAAAUAGUCCAUUAGAGAAGAACCUGAAGAUAUUAGAACUUUUAGCAGAUUCAGUGAAUUUACUGAUCCAAUGGUACAAGGAAUAUGCAGAUACAGGGAGCAACUAUAGCAUUACGAGCAGUACAAGUAAUUCCUCAUUCGAAGACAGCAAAGGUCUUGGUUCUCCAAACUUUGCAAUUACUUUGUUUGUCAAAUUAGGGGAAGCAUUUCGAAAAACCAGCUUGGCACGGCGAGAGGAGAUAAGAAACCAGGCAAUCUUAUCUCUUCAGAAAAGCUUUUCAUUGUCCAAGGAACUUGAUUUCUCACCUCUCAAUUGUAUUAGCUGUUUUAACUUGGUGAUAUUUGCAAUGGCUGAUGAUUUGCAUGAGAAGAUGAUAGAAUAUUCGAGACGUGAGAAUGCAGAAAGGGAGAUGAGGAGUAUGGAAGGAACCUUAAAACUUGCAAUGGAGCUCUUGACAGAUGUGUAUUUGAAGUUCCUGAAGCCAAUAACAAUGAGUCCUGGGUUCAGGACAUUUUGGCUUGGAGUAUUGAGAAGAAUGGAUACAUGUAUGAAGGCUGAUUUGGGUGAAUAUGGGGAGACAAGAUUGCAAGAAGUAAUACCUGAUUUGUUAAGAAGGAUCAUUACAAAAAUGAAGGAAGAAGAGAUCUUAGUACCUACGGAAGAUGAUGAUUUGUGGGAUAUUACCUACAUACAGAUACAAUGGAUAGCUCCUUUCCUCAAAGAGGAGUUGUUUCCUGAGGAAGAAAUUUAGAAUAAUAACAUGAGACAUUAGCUGUUUAAUAGAUAGUUACUUGUUGUGGAUGAUAUGAUACGAACUAAAUUAGCACAACGAAUCCUACUCCAAUAAGGAGUCUUGAUGAUGCAAAUUCUAUUAGCUCAAAGACUUCUAAUUAAGCAAGGAGCCCUAAUAGAAGACUGUGGUGAGGCAAAUGUUGAUUUUUCUUUUAUGCUUUCACACAGCAGUUUUGGAAUUGGAACCAAAUGCAAUGGAAUUAGCAAAACAUAUAGUAUUUGGCUUUUAGGUUUUUUCCUUCUCUUUUUACAUAUUUUGAUUAGC